AUGAGACCUUCGUCGUCUUCGAGAAGAGGCGACAAGCGACCUUCGAGGACAAGCCAGAGCCUCUUCUUCGCGCUGGCCAUAUCCUCGCAGCUACCAGCAGCCAACGCAAUCGUGUUCCCAAGCUAUCACCCCAACUACAAGACCGACUACCUUCAACUGAACAAGCGGUACAACCCCGCCAGACGAGGCCCACCCGAGGACUGGAAUGGGAGAAUCCCCUUGAAGGUCACCAACUCAUGUCCUGACACGAUCUGGCCCGGCAUCACAACGCAGCAUGGCGUCGGUCCUGGAAUCGGUGGUUUCGAGCUUGCCUCGGGUGACAGUCGAGACAUGUGGGUUGGGCCAACUUGGCAAGGCCGCGCUUGGGGGAGAACCAAUUGUACCGUCAAUGGAGAGUCGGCAGGCUGCGAGACGGGUGAUUGCUUUGGAAAGCUUGACUGUGAAUUCAGUGGUGCUGUUCCCGCAACUCUCGCCGAGUUCAACUUGGCCGGCGGUGUCUCUGGACGCCAAACGUUUUACGAUAUCUCCCUAGUCGAUGGCUACAACAUCCCUGUGGGCAUCAACUACAUCCCCGCCGAGAACACCACUUAUAUCCCGCCAAAUCUGACCAACUGUGCCUGCAUCGCAACGACAGGCUUCCUGUCACAACGCGCGGCAAGCGGCACCGUCUACACCAACAGCACAUACCCCGUUCCUUGGGAACCGACUGAGUCCAACGAGAGUUCCAAGGACUGGUGCCCAUGGCCACUGCUUUCCAACCCGCCAGACAAGCCCGGCGACGGUGUCUAUCCCUAUCCCGAUGACAAUAUCCAGCGUCCGACCUUCAGCCCGUGCAAGAGCCAAUGCGCGGCCACGAACUCGGAUCACGACUGCUGUAUAGGCAAAUGGCAUGACCCCAAUAAGUGCAAGCCAGGCUUGUACUCCAGACACGCCAAGGCCCUGUGCCCCGACGCAUACAGCUUCGCCUUUGACGACCAAACCUCGACCUUCAUCAUCCCAUCAGGCGGCGGCUGGGAGGUUGUCUUCUGCCCCGCUGGAAGGAGCACUAACAUUCUCCGGACCAUGGGACCGCAGCUGUUCGAGCUCGCGAGCGCCGGGUUCCUGAGCCAGAAGAACCUGGACCUGGUUAAGAAUCAAUCCUACAUAGAGUCUGAGAGCGAAAAGAACGCUGCUCCAGGCCUGGCCUCGUCGUCUCUGUGGGCCAUCUGUGCGGCGGCUACAACCGCUGCCAUGCUGUUGGGUUGGUAG